UACCUCUAGUCACACUAAGGCUCAAGACAGGUUUUGGUUUCUGCUAACCUCAAGAUCCAGGCACUGGAAGUAUACUAAGUUACGGUCUGUGAUUUUUUAGGAAAGCUGCUUUAUCUUACACAUCUCCAGCUGACAGAGUGGAAAAAACAUGACAAACAUCACUCGACAUAUCGUCACACACCUUCUGACGUUCUCGCUGCAGAAUGGGGAAGUGCGGAACGUUGAGGAAGCUCAGAACCGUCUUUCCUCCCUGGCUCAAAAUAAAAAGCUAUGGAGUCAACAGAUGUACCUGGAUGUGGGAGCAGGGGGCAUUUAUCUCAGAGACGUACAGAGUCAGGACGAGCUGGAGAGCUACGCCUUCAGAUCCAUCUUCCGCUGUGAAGCUGUUAACACAGAAAAACACUUCCCAUCCCUCCUUAUGUUAGUCUGCCAAGGUGAAGAUCAGAAGAAGCCAGACAUUCACUUCUUUAACUGUGAAACGGUGAAGGCAGAGCAAAUCUGCGACGAAGUCACGUUGGCAGUUUCGAAUUCCACCACCAGCAAGCGUAAGCUGCUCCCUGAUGACCACAGGCUUUCUCAGAGUGGAGGAGAUAUGUUCGACCCCUAUAACAUACCAAGUCCUCCCGUGCUGCAUGCUCCUAAUCCCCCACCUGUCAACCCUCCACCUUACCCUGGACCCAGAGCAAAUGGUGGACCUGAUAUCUCUUUCCUGCGAGCAGAGAGAGAAGUGGGGAUCCUUAAUCACUGUUUCGACGAAAUCGAGGCCUUCAUGGGCAAGCUGCAGCAGACUGCUGAAGCUGCGACGGUGCUGAACCAAAGAAAGAAGAAGAAGAAGAAAAGUAAAAAGCAAAGCGCUGAAGACGAGCUACUCGCCACAAAGGCUCGCCCUCCACCAGAUGGGGAAUUCGUUGAUAUCUUCCAGAAAUUCAAAUAUUGCUUCAGCCUCUUGGCUCGCCUGAAAUCAACCAUCACCAAUCCUUCUUCAGAGGACCUCAUUCACCAUGUGUUCAAGCCUCUGGAUAUGAUGGUAAAAACAACAGGAGGACCAGCUUUUGGAGCCGCCAUAUCCAGUCCUGCCCUGACCAGCUCUGCUGUGUCCCUUCUACAAGAUACCCUGACUGAGGAGGAGAGGCAGCUCUGGACGUCGCUGGGACCCAACUGGACACACCCUCGGUCUCAGCUGCGUGGGCCUGUAGCUCCAUACACCCCAGUGUUCUUUGAUGGCUGGAAGCCAGAAGCCUUGAAGCCUGACGGGCAGGUUUGGGAGGAUCCGGUCGAGUCACAGCACAAACUCGAAGCCCUUCGAGAAAAACAAGAGCAACAACCACCUCAGCCACCAAACGAUGACACAAAUUCACUCCCACCGGGGCCUGACAGACUCUACUGCUGCAGUUAUGACUUCAUUGCCAGGAACAGCAGUGAGCUUUCAGUGCAGCAGGGGGAGACACUGGAGGUGAUCGAGUCAUCCAAGCGCUGGUGGAAGUGUCGCAAUCGGUUUAACCAGGUCGGCUUCGUCCCCUUCAACAUCCUGGAGCCCAUGGCUCACAUAGAGAGCCCUGUCCACAACAACCCCCCCAGUGUUCCAGCUGCGCCUCCACUUUCCAAGAAUGUCACUCUUGCCCCACCCACCCCCCCUGCUCUUCCCAAAACCACCCCCACCCACUCCCCACAGCGCCCACGUAGCUUACCAUCAUACAACCAGCAUGUGCAAGCUGUUGAGGACAAUGACAAAGUCACGCUGGUAAAUGAUGAGCUGCUCCAGAGACUGACGAAUGGAAAGUCCAAUAUGAACAAACCCCUCGUCAUCCCUCGCUCUGCUGACACCUCCCUCCCCCUUGACUACCACUCUCCUCCAGAGGAGGUGGCUGAGUGGCUCAGAGGGAAGGGCUUCAGCAAACCGACAGUGUCAUGUUUGGGUGUGCUGACAGGCGCCCAGCUGUUCUCUCUCAACAAAGAAGAGCUGAAAGCUGUGAUUCCAGAGGAGGGUGCCAGAGUGUACAGUCAGCUCGCUGUGCAAAAAUCACUGCUAGAGGAUGCCAGAAGGGCCACAGAGCUGGAGGCAGUCAUGGAGAAACAGAAAAUGAAGGUUGAUCUGAAGCUGGAGAGCAGUACAUUGUGAGGAACAGCAUCCACAUUGUGAAGAGCGUUACAUGAAGGACUGUUUUCCCGUCCCCAGAGACCGAACAUGUGGCAGUGACUUGACUAUCUAACAUUAAAUCACGGCAUGAGGGUCACUACGGUAUUAUUACCUGAUGUUAAAACCGAGCUUUCUGUCAGCAAUAUGAGACGUAGGAAUUUAAUAUAACCAGGUGCCGUGCAAACUAAAGGGGACUGAGUUUGCUUUUCCUUAUUUUAUGCCAUAUAUGUACAGUUAGUGUUUUUUGUGGAUGCUCAUAUUAAACAUGGACACAGUUUCAAACAGCGAUCGGAGCACGUACAAGUAAACCAGGAGUCAAAAGGUCAGAUUUCAAAGGCCUCCACCAAUUUUUAUGGAAUGUUUUUUCUACUCUUGGCUUUGUACAGUGGUGCAAAUAUGACACACCUCAGGUACACAGCUCGGGCUGUUUAAACCCUUUGGUUGCAAGGGCCAGCCAAUCAGAAGAAGGCUGGCUUAAAGAGAGGGGAAAUGGAACUAGAGUGGUUUGUUCCAGGAUGAAUUGAGGUGAUGGACUUAGGCCCAGUAUAAAAAAAUAAGAAUUAAUCUGAGCUGUGAAUCUUGCAGUGGUUCUCCAGUAGAAUGCAAUAAAUCUAAAAAUGGAAAUCAGUGUAAGAGAUCCCCUUUAAAUAUUUUACCACUGCAGUGCCCCGUUUGUAAUGCAUGUUCAUUUUAGUGUAACAGCUGUCUUCUUCUCUGCCUAAUUAACUUAAAUGAAAUGUAUUUAUCUUUGUAAUACACAUUUGUAAAAAUUCAGCCAUUAUUAUCACAUCUUAACAAUGACAGGACCUUGUCAACACAAUUCAACACACAAUUAAA